AUGUCCCUUCUGAUCGCCAUGAUGACCGUACCAGGCCUUCUAGGAACCCAAGAAGCAAUCCGACAAGCCCAGUCCAAAGACAAGAGAGAAGAGCACCGAGCUCGAAGAUGCAACUUCAUUGCACAUUGCAUAAAGCCGUCGCUACGGGCACGGGAAAUAAACGAUAGACCACUUGUUCUGCGCGAUGGGCGGAUAUACAUCCACUCCGGUGCUCAAGACGAUAACGAGGUUGUCUUGGCUUGUGGCUACUACCUUCCUUACCCCGACAGCGAACAUGAAGGUCUCGUUACGAAGACUUCUAAGUACCUACCAGUCAUGAACUGGGUUUACGCGGACGCAACGACAUAUCAGCUACGUUAUGGUAUACGCACCGACGCUGACGGAAAUAUCACUGGGCCAUUCGACUGCACAAGUCACGCCCGCAGAAUAACCCUGUUCAAAUGGGAAGGAUGGUGCGCCGUAGAAGAGCAGCCUAAUGAAUGGGCCGUCUACUUCGACGUCAACGACGAUGGACUGGCGGGCAAAGUUCAAGCUGGAACACGGGUGCUUGAGAUCGAGAUCGAGAGGAGAGAGGAGCGCUACAAGAAGGACGAACACGGGGGUGCCGCCUCAAAAAGCACCGAAACAUCAUCGUACAAACCAGAGGUUACCACGACGAAGAUCACAGAGAAGCCCGCGCAGACGAAAAUCGAAGUCCCUGAAGUAUCAGCGGAAAGACAAGGAGACCAAUUCGAUGUCUCUCCGUCGGAAAAGAGAUCAAUCCCACAAGCAGAUUCUCUAGCAUCCGUAAAACCCUCAUUCUCGCCUCCCAAGUUUCCACUCCGACACAAGACAAAUGUACCACCUGAAGCACCGGAGCACACCCCAGGCAACAGUACGUCCAAGAGCAAGCGCUCCCAUGACCGUCCUCCUUCGUCGCACACAAAUCGGCCACCUUUCCGACCACUUGGUCCCCUUCCAUUCGAGGCCAAGCCCUAUCAACAACCACGCCCAAGAACACCCAACAUGGAAGGACGACAAAGCCCACAUCCACGUGCACCGCCCUCUGCCUCACGACGUUUCCAGUCCCUCGACCUCUCUCGUGAUGAUGCACCACGCCCGAGGAGAGUAUCGACAGACUCGACUGCGAGGAGAGCUCUCCAAAGGUUAAGAGAGACCAGUUCAGGUUCGAUUGGGUCAUCGGAGUCAGUGUCACAAGUGCCGAAAAAGAAGUUAUCCAUUAGAGAACGAGCGUCAAAAGCAUUGAAGAAGAAGAGAGAGUCGGGGUAA